AUGGCACCAGCAGCCACACGUCCGCUGAUGACCCCAGAAGCGUCAUAUGAUGGCACCAGUAGCCACACGACUAAUGAUGGCCCCAGCAGCCAAACGUCUAAUGAUGACCCCAGCAGCCACUCGUCUUAUGAUGUCCCCAGCAGUCACACGACUAAUGAUGACCUCAGCAGCCACAUAUCUAAUGAUGGCUUCGGCAGCCACACAUCUAAUGAUGGCCUCGGCAGCCACACAUCUAAUGAUGGCCACAGCAGCCACAUAUCUUAUGAUGGCCCCAGCAGCCACAAGUCUAAUGAUGGCUCCAGCAGCCACACGUCUGAUGAUGGCCCCAGCAGCAACACGUCUAAUGAUGGCACCAGCAGCCACACAUAUUAUGAUGGCCCCAGCAGCCACAAGACUAAUGAUGGCCCCAGCAGCCACACGUCAAAUGAUGAUCCCAUCAGCCACACGUCUAAUGAUGGCCCCAGCAGCCACACGUCUAAUGAUGGAACCAGCAGCCACACAUCUAAUGAUGGCUCCAGCAGCCACUCGUCUAAUGAUGGCCCCAGCAGCCAAACGUCUAAUGAUGGCCCCAACAGCCACACGUCUAAUAAUGGCCCCAGCAGCCACACUUCUAUUGAUGGCCCCAGCAGCCACACGUCUAAUGAUGGCCCCAGCAGUCAAAAGUCUAAUGAUGACCCCAGCAGCAAAACGUCCAAUGGUGGCCCCAGCAGCCAUAGGUCUGAUAAAGGUCCCAGCAACAACACAACUUAUGAUGGACCCAGCAGCCAAACGUCUAAUGAUGGCCCCAGCAGCCACACGACUAAUGAUGGCCCCAGCAGCCAAAUGUCUAAUAAUGGCCCCAGCAACCAUACGUCUGAUUAUGGCCCCGGAAGCAACAUGUCUUAUGAUGAACCAAGCAUCCACACGUCUUAUGAUGGUACGAGCAGCCAUACGACUAUUGAUGGUACGAGCAGGCACACUUCUAAUGAUGGUACGAGCAGCCACACGAUUAAUGAUGGCCCCGGCAGCCACACAUCUAAUGAUGGCCCAGGCAGCCACACCAGUCACACAUAUAAUGAUGACCCUAGCAGCCACACGUCUUAUGAUAGCCCAAUCAGCCUCACGGCUUAUGAUGAUCCUAUCAGCCACACGUCUAAUCAUGGCCUCAGCAGCCACCCAUAUAAUGAUGAUCCCAGCAGCUACAUGUCUAAUGCUAACCCGAGCAGUCAGACAUCUUAUGAUGGCAAAAACAGUCGAACGGCUAAUAAUGGCCCCAGCAGCAACACGUCUAAUAAUGUCACCAGCAGCCACACGUCUAAUGAUGGUACGAGCAGACACACGUCUAACAAUGAUUCCAUUAGCCAAACGUAUAAUGAGGAUCCUAGCAGCCACACAUUUUAUGAGAAUCCUAGCAGCCACACAUAUAAUCAUGAUCCUAGCAGCCACACAGCUUAUGGUGAUCCUAGCAGCCUCACGUCUAGUGCUGAUCCUAGCAGCCACACAUCUAGUGCUGAUCCUAGCAGCCACACAUCUAGUGCUAAUCUUAGGAGCCACACAUCUUAUGAUGAUCCUAGGAGCCGCACAUCUUACGAUGAUUCUAGCAGCCUCACAUCUAGUUCUGAUCCGAGCAGCCUUACAUCUAAUAAUACUCCUAGCAGCCACACGUCUAGUGCUGAUCCUAGCAGCCACUCAUCUAGUGCUGAUCCUAGCAGUCACACAUCUAGUGCUGAUCCUAGGAGCCACACAUCUUAUGAUGAUCCUAGCAGCCUCACAUUUUAUGAUGAUCCUAGCUGCCACACGUCUAGUGCUGAUCCUAGCAGUCACGCAUCUAGUGCUGAUCCUAGCAGCAACACAUCUAGUGCUAAUCCUAGGAGCCACACAUCAUAUGAUGAUCCUAGCAGCCACGCAUCGUAUGGUGCUCCUAGCAGCCACACACGUAAUGAUGAUCCUAGCAGGCACAAAUGUUAUGAUGAUUUAAGCAGCCACUCAUUUUAUGAUAAUCUAGUAGCCACACAUCUUAUGAUGAUCUAA